AUGGGUCGCUCGAGCUACCCCUCCCAGCUGGAUAGCCCGUCUCGGCAACUCGUCUUGGACCUAGCGCGGGACCUUGAACAGCUCCGAGUGCACAACACCGAAUUGAAGAAAGUCAAGGCCUACGAACGCCGGUCCUUUUACGAGAAUCUUGAUCGGAUCGAUAGCGAACGUGAAGCUCAGCAUAAUGCCGCUCUUGACAAGGCCGCUGCUUUGCAUGAUCAGGUGCUAGAGGAGGCAGAGGAGACGCUGCGCGCGCAUCAACGAGCGGUAGAGGAGGAAAACCGUCGGAGGGAAGAAGCAGCCCGGAAAGAAGCGGAGCGCAUAGAGCGAGAAAAAGCCGAAAAAAAGGAACGGGAGCGAGUGGAAGAAGAGAAGCGCAAGCGCCAGGUGGAGGCGCAGAAGGCAGAACAGGAGGCGUUGCAACGCCAGGCAGAGGCCGCGCAAAAGGCACAGGCAGAGCGACAGCGACAAGUUGGCGGCGGCCGUCUAACGGAAGAGGAAGUCAAAGUCCAAGCACGCUACGUCGAAUUGCACCAGCACCUCAAGAAAUUCCGACAAUAUCUGAAAAACGAGGCCAAGACCAAUGCCAUCGUCAAGGAGAACAUGGGUGAUUUGCGGCGAAAGAUCAAGAAGUGCGUUGGACAGCUCCGUGAAGGUACCGGGGCCAACCAAGUUCAGCUUCGAGAAAUCCAAGCGACUCUUACGAAAGCAGCCUCCAUUCCAGAGCCAUCGGUGGAUGUGCGUCAAUUUUUCGCUUUCCCACCCGAGAGUAUUGCUAGUUCCGACGACAACAAGGUGCCCGCCCUUCUGAUCUACGCCUUGAACAUUUUCUCCAAGUGCUUGAUCUCGUCUCUCAUCACGGAAGCCUCCAUCAACCUGGGCCACGCAGAGCCAGUCGGGAUCGUCGCGGCCCAGAUAUUUUCCAUCGACGCGUUCAUCUACAAGGGCUGCCACAUGGUUGACAUCCUGUGGGCCAAGUACCGUGUGGUUUGCCCGGCGUUGUGGGGAUUUUAUGGCAAUGAGAAGACCGAAGGCGGCCGGCGAGCCCUGGGCUGGUGGCGCGACGGCGGCUCGGAUGGGCCCUAUGUCAGCGAACAGACCCAUGCUGACCGUAUGACAGCCCUGGGCGCCGGGUAUGCGGCCCUGACGCUACGCAACUUUGGCAAGACCAAGCGCCAGAACCCCUUUCCCAACACCAUGUUUUGGUAUACCAUGCACAAGAUCCUGUCGAUCCCGGCGACGGAGAUCCAGGACACCCAUGUCACUCUUCUGUCGGCCAUGCUCAAAUCCUCCGCCGAGCGAAUCGUCGGCUUCUUCGGGCAUAUGGGGCUGGCGCUGAUGAGGAAGGCUAUCGUCGAGCUUCCGAACAGUCUGCCUCGUCAAAGCAUGAGCGUCAACCAAUUGAAGCUCCUCAGGGAUCUAUACAAGCGCGAGAAGAACAUCAUCCUCUGA